CUUCCAUAGUUUCUCUACUAUCCUUUCUUUACUCGAGGCGAACUAGUUCAAUAGUAUAGGGGCUAAAGCUUAAAUUAACCCUUCUAUACAUUGUGUCCUAACAGUAUAUACGUUCUAGUGCUACUGGAGGGGAAGGAUCUCAUAGCGCAUGCUGCAACGCGCAAAACGCAGACGCAUGUCUAUCAACCGGCCUGUGCAUGAACACCCUCGCUCGACAGCAAAGCCAUUUGCUAUGGGCGACCGCAUGCACGGAUUCCACUUUCAAAGACCCAAGUUGUCCUCAAUAUUGCCUUGGACUCAAUAUCGAUAAUGCUCAUCUCAGAUCCUGCAAUGAUACCUUCUGGUGUUGCGAGACAUCUUAACGGCGCAAGAAUGCUGUGAUACUGCCUUCCGCUUAACGCAACCUAUAGGUCAUGUCAUCGCGCAACUCCAGUCUGGUGGGGUGGCGUUGUUGCCAAUGGCCACGGCCUCUUCAGCCGCUUCAAGCUCACCCAAUACCGAUUCCUCGGCCGAGGAUUCAUCGAAAAUCCCGCCGGGCGCAGUAGCGGGACUCGCAGUCGAGGGCGUUGUCAUUGCGUUGGCUUUCGCAGGGCUAGCGUAUAUAAUUUGGCGAAACAGAGUGCUACGUCGGAAAGUGAAGAGGGCCGAAGCGACGGCAAGUGCCCAACAGCAGCUUCAACAGCAGUACCAGUGGCAGCACCCUCCCUCGUCACAUGCUGGUAUAGCUCCUCCUCAUAUGGAUGCGUACGGCGGCUACGGAAGGCCCGCCACCACAAAUACCUACAACGAGCUCCCGGGACCAGAGCCCGUGGGCUCGGAGCUUCCGACCGAGCCUAGAAGCCCCAAGUCUCCGGCUACUAAGUUUCAGGGAUGAUGUGAUGAUAAAGGUCGUUGUCAAUACUCUUACCCGGGUAUCCAUUAACUUAGGUGGCUUUUAGAUUAAGAUAUCCUGUAAAAGCUCAGUC